UGUGCCGUUAGCCGAUUAGCGAUUACGGGCGACCCGUCGCUGUGAUCACCUGCGGAAGCACCUGUGCCGGCGCGUCGGGAGUUCGCGAAGACCACUGGAGUGAAGGAAACGCUAUAACGUCGUCGGGUACAAUGACAGCCGCCGAGGAAACGGAGCCGUUGAUAUCCACCACGCCGGCGUCCUCCGUUAAUAAAAUCCAAAGAGUCACCUAUCACACGAUUUCUUUCGAAGGGAACGAAAGAAAUAUAUCGCACAAUGGAAGCCCGGAGGCCUCGUUUAGUUUGAAACCAAUUUCAAGCGUGUCGACAGGCGUGAAUCUCAACAGCGAAAUCGCCCACAAUCAAAUCACGUAUACGUGGAGCGACGUGAACGUGUAUCUCAGCACGAAAAAUGACAAGAUCUGGGAUAGGAUGAUGUUCAGGCCCAGGAAACCCGUCGCGCAGAAACACAUAUUGGAAGAUGUAUGCGGGGUGGCUUAUCCCGGCGAGCUGCUCGUAAUCAUGGGUGCGUCAGGUGCUGGGAAAACGACCCUGCUGAACACGCUGACGUUUCGACCGACACGCGGCGUGUCCGCGUGCGGCUUGAUGGCCGCCAACGGUCAAAGGGUAUCGCCAGACGUGCUCACUUCGCUGAUGGCUUACGUGCAGCAGGACGAUUUGUUCAUCGGCACCCUCACCGUGGCGGAGCAUCUGAUGUUUCAGGCAAUGGUGCGGAUGGACCGGCGAAUACCCCGCGAUCAGAGGAUCAAGCGGGUCAACGAAGUCAUCGAAGAGCAGUUGGCCCUGUCGAAGUGUCGCAACACUAUAAUCGGCGUGCCCGGUAAGGUGAAAGGUCUCUCGGGAGGGGAGAUGAAGAGAUUAUCUUUCGCCUCCGAGGUAUUGACCGAUCCUCCGUUGAUGUUCUGCGACGAGCCGACGUCGGGCUUGGACUCCUUUAUGGCUCAUCAGGUUGUUUCCAUCUUGAAGGCGUUGACGGCUCGUGGUAAGACGAUUAUCGCUACUUUACAUCAACCCUCGUCGGAGCUCUUCGCUCUCUUCGACAAGAUUCUACUGAUGGCCGAAGGGAGAGUAGCCUUCAUGGGUACCGCCGCGCAAGCUUGUUCUUUCUUCAAGACACUCGGUGCCGCUUGUCCCAGUAACUACAAUCCCGCGGACUACUUCGUUCAAACAUUGGCGGUCGUACCUGGACGUGAACUGGUUUGCAGACACGCGAUCAAAAUGACAUGCGACAACUUCCAAAGAAGCGAGUACGGCGUGAAGAUCGCCUCGAAGGCUGAGGCUGUGCACGGCGAAUUCGAGGACUCUCUCAGAAGGCUCAAGCAGUCCCACUCCAGCGGAUCGCCUUACAAAGCGACCUGGUGCGAGCAAUUCCGCGCGGUUCUAUGGCGGUCUUGGCUGUCGGUGAUCAAGGAACCGAUUCUCAUCAAAGUUCGCCUCUUACAGACCGUUAUGGUUUCACUGUUGAUCGGCGUCAUCUACUUCGGCCAACGAAUGGACCAAGACGGUGUGAUGAACAUCAACGGCGCCCUCUUCAUCUUCCUCACCAACAUGACUUUCCAGAACGUCUUCGCGGUUAUUAACGUUUUCUGCGCCGAAUUGCCGAUAUUUCUCCGCGAGCACAGAAACGGGAUGUACCGCACCGACGUCUACUUCAUCUGCAAGACGUUAGCGGAAGCGCCGGUAUUUCUGGCGGUGCCGUUGAUCUUCACCGUCGUCGUCUACCCUAUGGUCGGCCUCUAUCCUGACGUGAAGCACUUUCUCAUCGCCGCUGGCACGGUGGCUCUCGUGGCGAACGUCUCGACCUCGUUCGGUUACCUGAUCUCGUGCGUCAGUAACGGAGUGUCUAUGGCCCUUUCCAUCGGCCCUCCUGUGAUAAUACCAUUCAUGCUCUUCGGUGGCUUCUUCUUGAACACAGCGUCGAUACCGUCUUACUUCGUGUGGUUCUCUUACCUAUCCUGGUUUCGUUACGGCAACGAGGCGCUUCUGAUUAACCAGUGGGCUGAAAUCGACUCGAUCGAGUGCACCAGAAACAACACGACGUGUCCGAGAUCCGGGCACACGGUUCUGCAGACCUUCAACUUCAAGGAAGAGGACUUUUGGACGGACAUCGUUUGCUUGUUCUCGCUCAUCGCGGUGUUCCGUUUCCUGGCGUUUCUCGCGCUACUGUCGAAAACUCGCCGGUCGAAUCGUAAGAGUAUGCAAGACGUAAGCAGCGAGCUAACCGACAAAUUGGAUUCUCACAGUCCAAGAAUAACCCGUUGUGCGCGGAAUGCCGUGGACGUUAGACCGGAGGCCGGUGCGCCUCGCGGCGCGACGCUCUCCUGGCAACACUUGUCCGUCUACGCGAUGGAUCGGAACCGGCGCACCAUCAGCAAACAGCUCAUCAAUAGCGCCCGAGGCGUGGUGCGGCCCGGUGAACUCACCGCGAUCCUAGGAGGCAGCGGUGCCGGGAAAAGCUCGCUGAUGACCGCACUGGCGUUUCGCACGGGGCCUGGCAUUGUGGUGCACGGUGAGGUCCACGUGAACGGAGCCUCGAUUGUGUCAUCGUACAUGCGAUGUCACAGCGGUUUCAUGCAUCAGGAGGACAUGUUCAUCGAGACGAUGACGGUGCUGGAGCAUAUCUGGUUCAUGGCUAGAAUGAAAUUAGACGGGAGAAUCCAUACGCCGGACGUUCGACGGAGGAUCGACCACCUGCUGAGGGACGUCGGUCUGAUCGAGAGACGCGACGUUCGCAUCGGCGCCGGUGAUGACUGCAAGGUUCUGUCAGGCGGUGAGAAAAAGAAACUGGCCUUCGCCACUGAACUGCUGACGGAUCCUGAGAUACUAUUUCUGGACGAGCCGACGACGGGGCAGGACGCGCACUCGGCCAGCGUCCUUGUGUCGCACAUGACGACCUUCGCGCUGAGGGGCCGGACGAUCCUGUGCACCAUACAUCAGCCCAGUUCCGCCAUCUUCAACAGUUUCCAUCGUAUAAUCCUCUUGGCCGGUGGCAGAGUGGCGUUCGCGGGUACCGGCGCCCAAGCGAUACAAUUUUUCUCCAGCCAGGGUUACACGUGCCCGCGCAAUUACAAUCCGGCUGAUUUCCUGGUGGCGACCCUGGCGAUCGCACCCGGCGACGCGGACGGUAGCGGAAGAGCCGGCCAGAGGAUCUGCGACGCGUUUCUCACGAGCGAAGCGUGCAACGAGAUCGACGUUACGCUGCAACGGGAGGUGGACUUCGCUCGUUCGCAACCCGCCACGAAGGAAACCGUUCGCAAAUCGCACCUCUUCGAAGAGCCGUGCUGCUGGCUGCGAUUGUACUGGCUGAUCCAUCGCGGCUUCCUCCAAGUCCUGCGCGACCCCUCGGUACAGUUGAUCAGGAUCCUGCAAAAAGUGAGCCUCGCGAUGCUCGCCGGCCUGUGCUUCGUAGGCGCUGUCAACCUCGAUCAGUUGGGCAUUCAAGCUAUAGAGGGUGUCAUAUAUAUCCUGGUGUGCGAGAACACUUUCUUCCCCAUGUACGCGACCUUGGCGUUGAUCCCGCAAGAAUUGCCGCUUCUACUUCGAGAGUACAGAGCGGGCAUGUACCCCAUUCAUCUUUACUACGUAGCGCGAAUGAUAUCGCUAAUACCCGGUCUGUUGGUGGAGCCGACGCUUUUCACCGUGAUAAUAUACUGGCUAACAGGAUUGCGUCCUGCGACGGAUGCCCUCGGCUUGACUCUGUUGGUCGUUGUGUUCACAAUAAACGUAUCUACUGCUUGCGGAUGUUUCUUCUCAGCAGUCUACGAGAGUGUACCAUUAGCGAUGGCAUACUUGGUGCCUUUCGAUUAUAUUCUCAUGAUAACCAUGGGACCUUUCGUCAAACUCAGCUCGCUGCCUAUAUAUGUUCGAUGGUUGAGAUAUUUCUCCUGGCUGCUGCAUUCGACGGAAGCUCUAACCAUCAUCCAAUGGAGAGGAGUGCAUAAUAUAUCCUGUGAAAUUAACGAGCCGGAACUGCCUUGCCUCACCGAGGGUUCCCAAGUAUUGGAUCACUAUGAUUUCGACGAGGGCAGCUUUUGGACCGACAUCGUCCUUAUGGCCGGCAUUUACACCGUCUUCCAUCUCUUGGCGUACGUCUUCCUGUGGAAGCGGUGUAGAUCGAAGUAAACUCUUAGUUUCUAAUUCUAACGAGCGAAUAACGAUCACUAAUUACGACGCACACUUUUAUAUACAAGCAAUUAACGUGGCCGGAUCGUAUGUUCAAUUCUAAAGUUAUUAACUCGAACACAUUAAGCGUCCUGCAAACUCGUCGUAGCUUCUAUUUGCGUCAGGUACGAUCCUUUUUGAAUAUCAUUAUUAUUAUAACAUAUAGAACUAUAAUCCGUUAACGAUUGUCAUCAUUUUCCGAAGAUCGAGCUAAUAUUGCGAUAGUUAAAGAAACAGCUUCCGCUGAUUUUGUAGUUGAAAAUUUGCCUCUUCACCAGUCGCAAGUCCAAUUAAUUUGUCGCGAAAGUUCCAUCACGGAGCACGCGUGGAAAGGGCAAAGAUAUCGGUUCGGUUUUGUCCCUACGGCUGUCACGUUCCGAUAUUCACUGUCAGUAUCACCGGCGGUAUUGCAAAUACCGUUUCAGUGUACGUCGCAGCGGGCUCGCCGCAGGAUGCAACAAUGAACUUCGAUAAGCUUCGGAGAGUACCUCUAUAAUUCCGACGGAACCCCGAUACUUUCGAUCUUGCAUGCCUUUUUGUUAAGAGUGGAUGCUUUCACUUCCGCAUCCUAUUAAGGUACCAUUCGCUUCGCUUUCAUUCUAAU